UCUUAUAUCGGUUUAUUCGGUUCUGGACUAAUUGGAAUUUCAGUAGAAUUGGAAUAGAAAUUUGGUUAGAAAACAUGGCUUUAGUUUCUGCUAAAUCCAUUUUUUAUCCCGUACUACGGCAAAGUGGACAACAAGCUGUUUUCUCUAGACGAAAUUUAUUAUUGUUGCAGCAUCGCAACGCAUUAGGCAAACAACUCUAUUUACCCUCUAUCGUCCUUCAAAGAUAUUAUGCCGAAAAGGUUGUAUAUUCGCGAUCUAAGCCUCACAUCAAUGUAGGAACUAUUGGCCAUGUUGAUCAUGGAAAAACUACGUUAACAGCAGCCAUAACAAAAGUGUUGUCAGAGAUUCAAAUGGCAACGGCUAAAGCUUACAAUGAAAUCGAUAAUGCUCCACAAGAAAAGGCUCGUGGCAUCACAAUUAAUAUUGCCCAUAUUGAAUAUGAAACAUCAAACAGACAUUACAGUCACAUCGAUUGUCCUGGCCAUGCAGAUUAUAUUAAAAAUAUGAUUACUGGAACAGCACAAAUGGAUGGUGCUAUAUUAGUUGUUGCAGCUACCGACGGUGCUAUGCCACAAACCAAGGAACAUCUAAUUCUUGCUAAACAAAUUGGUGUCGAAAACAUUGUUGUUUACAUUAAUAAGGUUGACGCAGCCGAUGAGGAAAUGGUGGAACUUGUAGAGAUGGAAAUAAGAGAACUUUUGAACGAAAUGGGCUUGAAGGGAGAUACAGUUCCAGUUGUGAAAGGCAGUGCACUUUGUGCUUUAGAAGGAAAAAAGCCCGAAGUAGGAAGUGAAUCUAUUACAAAAUUACUAGACGCUAUUGAUAGUUACAUACCAGUUCCAGUUAGAGACUAUGAAAAAUCUUUCUUAUUACCAAUAGAAAGUAUUUAUUCAAUCACUGGUAGAGGUACCGUUGUAAGUGGUCGAUUAGAACGUGGCAAAAUUACAAAAGGCAUGGACUGUGAAUUUGUAGGGUACGAUAAAACUAUGAAAAGUGUUAUAACUGGUAUCGAAAUGUAUCACAAAAUAUUAGAAUUUGCUGAAGCUGGUGAUCAACUUGGCGCUUUAAUUAAAGGAAUAAAAAGAACUGAUAUUAAAAGAGGAAUGUUUUUAUGUAAACCUGGAUCGGUAAAGCCUCACGAUCAUGUUGAAGCUCAAGUAUACAUUUUAACCAAAGAGGAAGGUGGAAGAACAAAACCGAUUGUAGAUCUUUCGCAAUUACAAAUAUAUAGUAAAACAUGGGAUUGCCCAGCCCAAGUUAAUAUAGCAGAAAAAAAAAUUAUUAUGCCUGGUGACGAUGAUAAAAUAACACUUAAGCUUUAUAAACAAAUGGUGUUCGAGAAAGGUCAGCGAUUCACAUUAAGAGAUGGUGCUACCACAGUUGGCACUGGUGUUAUAAUUAAUCAUCUUCCUAAUCUACAUCAAACAGACCGACAAAUACUUUAUGCAGGCAAAAAGGGAAUAGAGAAAUUGGAAAAGAAAAGACAAAGGUCAAAGGCAUAAAUAAAAAAUUGUUCAUAAAAAUAUCCGUUUAUACUAAUUAGUUUAGCUACAUUACAUAUUAGAAAAUAAGCUUUAUAGAUUGAAAAAAAAAUUUUU